CACCACCAACACGCCAUCGAAGGUUGCAAGAUCGUCACGACUGAUCAUGCGAGCACUUUGUUUGAAAUGCAGCAACGCCUUGUUCCGCAAGGCAGACCCGGCGCCUCAUUGGCCUGCACCGCCAGCCAAGGGAUGAUUCCUCCCACCCUCUCGAAGCACCCCUCCAUGGCGCUGCAUGAUGGCCAUAGGCAAACGUUCACAUGCCCCAGGACCUCACACUAAACGGUACAACACGACCCCCGUCCUCGCCCCCGAGAUGAGAGCAACGACUAACGGGCCUGACUGUCAGACUUUCCUACGCCGAUGGAAUCUUGCUGACCCAACAACCGCGGCCGAGCCAGGAAUUCGAGCUCCCGAACGCCAAAAGAAGAGCCUGCGAAAUUUGACGCCACCAAACAAGAUAAGGGCCGUGUGGCCCGAGCAGUGCAGCUCUUUGUCCGCCCCCCUCUGACACCCGUGACUUGGACGAUGUCUUCAAAAAUACCUGGGUACGGCAAUCUGGUUUACGAAGCACCAAUUGUCCAUACGAGACGGUCUGGCGGCGGCGAUUCGGGGAUACGCCACAAGGAGGAGGGGAGGGACGCUGGAAGUUUCAAUGGCACGAGUCCAUUACUCCGUAAUUCAGGACCACACGGCUCUUGGCAGGCUGGCAAGCUGCUGCACGCAUUAAUAAUAGAAAGGGUAUUCGCG